AUGUUGAACGACAUCUUUCCGGAUUCAAGCCAGCAAGAGAAGGUGCGCGAAUGCUUUAACACGACGAUUUCUGAAAUCAAGGCGAAGAUGCUUGGCUGUGUGGAGAAAUCCAUUCCUGGAUUUGAUCUACGCGUGGAAAAUCUGGCGUUUUACUUCACGGAAGCGAAGAAACAUAAGCACAGUGUGGAAUCUGAGCUGGUCAAGCACAACUGUCCGGCUGACAAACAGGAGGAUGUGACCAGCUGCUUGCAUAAAGAAUUGCAGUCGGCGCAUGAAUUCAUCUCUGAAAAGAGGAAGCAAGUGUGCGAUAGUCAAAAAUCAUGUUGGUCAAAGGUUACUCCGGACUGCCAAAACACGACUAUCCUCGACAUAUUCAAGAACUGUCGCAAGCAACUGCAUGCUGAAUCGUUCGAUCCUGCAAAGGCGUUCUUGACGUGUCUCGGGACAACGCCGUCAGAAGAACAACAGAGAGAAUUAAACGCGUUAUUUGGUCACAUGAAGAAGUUCUAAGGAUUGGCGGAAGUACGCGAGAUGCGUUGCGACAUUGUCAUCCCGGUGUUUCUAUCGGUGUUUAUUGCUCAGUGCAAAGCCGAUUGCCGCGAAUCACUGGGCGAAUGGCAUUCUUGUCUACAGCACUCACUGAAGAACCUAACAGGCGAGGGCCACCAUCCGCAUGAGAAACAGUUCAAGAGUUGUUUCUCUGACAACGGGUGCAAAGUUCCGAUGAAGCCACCGCUCGACAUAAUCCUCGACCUUUCGGAUAAAAGCAAACAAGAUCAAGCACUUCAAUGUCUGGACAACGUGUUUUCUGAAAGCAAGAAGAAGCUCACCGAUUGCGUUAGGAAAGACAUUGCCGGCUUUGACUUAAGCAUUGAGAAGCUUGCUUUCUUCUUAAAGGGCAAGAAAAAAGGUCAUGGUCCCCAUUUCAGAGGAAAGAUGAUCGAGGAUCAUUGUCCAAGCGACAAGGUAGCAGCUGUGACCGAAUGCCUUGCCAAAGGCCAUGAAUCCCAUAAACAAAGUAUGAACGAAAAGAAGAAAGUAAUCUGUGAUACCCAACGUUCCUGCUGGGCAAAGGUUCCGGCGGAAUGUCAGAAACUGAGUGUUCUCGAAAUAUUUGGGAAAUGUCAUGCUAAUAUUGACACUAAAGAAGAUGAAAACAUAAAAGCCUUCGCCACGUGCCUCGGGAUAACGCUGUCGGAAGAACAAAAGCACAAACUGAUUGAACGUAUGAUAGAAUUGCUGGUCAUAAGAUCUGUGAAUGUUUUCGUCGCCGUCGUUCUCGUUGCAGCCGUCACUGUCGUCCUUACGAGGGAGACUUCUGCGUUGUCUGCGGACAAAGUCGAAUGUGGACAACUUUUACCUGGUCAAUAUGUCUGUGACCCGCCCGUUGUGAGCGCCGAAACUCAGCAGCCGCAGAACUGCACUGAACACGACACCGCAUUAGCUACGCCCAAAGUUGCACUAGGAGUGAGACAGGUUUCGAACGGCGACUUUUGGCAGUCUCCUUCAGCUGCCAAACAGCCUGCGCUGCCGUUGGCAGUCCGGGUUAUGACUGACCCAGUAUACCAAGUAGGUCUGGUUGCUGAGUUUUAA